AUGUCCGGCAUUCAAACUCUUUUCGCACCGGCUCCCGAGCCCAAAACCGAGCUCGGUCGCUAUCGUGUCCUCUCCUCCACGGCAGGUGUCAGGGUCUCCCCGCUCUGCCUGGGCGCCAUGUCCAUCGGCUCUGCGUGGUCCUCUUUCAUGGGUUCCAUGGAGAAGGAAGACUCGUUCAAGCUCCUAGACGAGUUCGUCGAUGCCGGUGGCAACUUCAUCGACACUGCAAACAACUACCAGAAUGAAGAGUCCGAGAAGAUCCUCGGCGAGUGGAUGGCCGCCCGCAAGAAUCGCGACAUGAUUUUCAUGGCAACCAAGUUCACUACUCAGUACCGCAAGCAAGAGCUCGGACCUGGGAAGUGUGUCAACUACUCAGGCAAUCACAAGAAGUCGCUGCACCUCUCGGUCCGCGACUCUCUGAGGAAGCUGCAGACCGACUACAUCGACCUGCUCUACAUCCACUGGUGGGACUGGACCACGUCCAUUGAGGAACUCAUGGAUUCCCUCCACAUCCUUGUCGAGCAGGGUAAGGUCCUGUACCUUGGUGUUUCCGAUACCCCCGCUUGGGUUGUUUCCGCUGCGAACACCUACGCCAGGGCGCAUGGCAAGACCCCGUUCUCUGUCUACCAGGGUCGCUGGAACGUCUUGAUCCGCGAUCUCGAGCGAGACAUCAUUCCAAUGUGUCGCCAUUAUGGUAUGGCCAUUGCGCCCUGGGAUGUCCUUGGAGGAGGCAAGCUGCAAACCAAGAAGCAGCUCGCGGAGCGUGAGAAGGCAGGCGAGGGAUUGCGUGGGAUGUUCGGGCCUGGCCAGUCCGAGGAGCACCGCAAAGCCAGCGAGGUCCUCGAGGAGGUCGCCAAGGAAGUCGGAACAGAGAGUAUCCAGCAGAUUGCUCUUGCCUACGUGAUGCAGAAAGCCCACUACGUCUUCCCCAUCGUGGGAGGCCGUAAGGUCGAGCACUUACACGAUAACAUCAAGGCCCUGAGCAUUCAUCUGACGGAAGACCAAAUCAAGAAGAUCGAGGGCUACAAGGAGUUCGACAUUGGGUUCCCUAUGAACUUCAUCCUUGAAGAUCCCCGAGAGGGUGGUCCGACAGCUCCUCUGGUGGCCGCGUCCGCACCGAUGGCGUGGCAGCAGAGCGGGAAGCCGAUUGGUCAUGAGUGA